AUGGAGCAAGCGACGUCGGUCUCGUCGUCGCGGGCGCCGGAAGAGGCGGGGAUGGAGCAGGUUCUGGCGGAUCUGCAGGCGCUGAAGGGGCUCUACGGCCUGCUUCACAGGGGGCCCCAGCCAAAUGAAAAUUUAAACGAGGCAUCAAGAGCUCUUUUGAUGAAGAUGCUAGACAACGCCACUCAGCAGGCUCUCCUAAGACAGGCAAAGUUGCUGUCAGGCCCCCUGAUGUCUUCUGCUCUGGAGAGGAAGCUCUCAAUCCAACCAGGCCGCCGGGCAGGCGGCGACGCCGAGCAUCGCCUGAAGCCGAUCGCGUCGCCCAGGCCCAGCCUCUGCGCCAGCGAGAUGUCCAGGAGGUUGAAGCCGCAGAGCUCGGUGAGAAGCCGAGACGCCUGCCGCGUGUACGAGGACGACGACCGUCGCCGCCGCGAGAGGGACGGCCGUCUCCUUGCUCGCGUCGACUCUGUCCGCUCGUCAAGAACCGCGAUGCCGCCGCUCCAUCCGAGCACUCCGGAGCAGCGCCUUUCCCGCCUCGCCUCCAACCGUUCGUCCAGGGUCGCCGAGCCACGGCGCGUCGUGGCGAGCGGUCGCGCUCCUCGCGCCGACCGUAGUGACAGGCAUAGCCGGCUGCGCGGGAGCUCUGGACGUGGUGAUCGUUCGUCGUCGUCGUCGUCGCCAGAGUCAGAGCGCAGCAGCAGGCGCCGCUCCGUGUCCCGCGCGCCGUCGUCGCAUGGUCGCGCCACGGUCAGAGGGGCGGAGGCGUAUGGCUCCUCGACGCGCCGUUACAACAGGAGGCUGGACUCUGGGUUAUCCAUGGGCGGGAGGUCACGCCGCGGCUCCGAGCGGGCCGGACGCGGCGCGGCCACGCCGAGGCGCUCGUCGUCGAGCGGUGGUGAGGCGGUCACGAUAAGCAGCCGCAUCAGGCCGAACCGAGAACUCACGGAGCGCCGCGUACGCGGGUCUGAAGAAACCGAAGAACGGAGCCUUCGGCGGCGCCGCCGGCCGCGGCGAGCGCUUGACCGGAUCGACUCCGGCAGCACGUACAGCAGCGGUAGCAGCAGCCCGUCAGCUGCUGCUAGCCCGUCUCCCUCCACCAGCCCCACGGCGCCACCGUCAACAUCGGCCCCUUCAGCUUCCUCCUGCUCCUCGUCGGUGUCAGUGCCACGGCGAGGCAGUGCGCCACCGGAGUACGAAUUCAAGGAGGCGUCGAGCGCGUCAAGAAGCCGUCGGCGCCGGGAACGACAGGAGAGAAGGGAAGGGCGGCUGCGGAGGUUCAAGGAGAAGCUCGCGCUGGUGUUCCACCACCGCCACGACCAUCACCACCACCACCACAUCGGUGGCGGGCGCUCCGGCAGCCCCGUGCCCAGGCGCGACCGCCGCAGCAACAACAGCAAGUCGCCGUGGAGCUACCUCGGCGGGAUGUUCCACCGCAGCACUGGCCACGACGCAAAGAAAAACCACGACCCAAAGAAAAACCACGACGCAAAGGCAAACCACGACCCGAAGAAAAACCACGACGCAAAGAAAAAGACCACGAGCCGGACGGUGGUGCCGGUGCCGGUGCCGGCGAAGAGGCGCGGCGGGGGGCAAACGCAGUCGCUGUUCGACGCGCUGGUGAAGCACAAGUUGGGAGCGCGGAAGGCACCGGCGCGAGCUCCGAUGGCGCGCGCGGGUACCCUGAGCAGGAUGCAGGUGAACAAGAUGCACUGGUGGCAACGGCUGAGGCAACAGCGCGGCCGGGCAGAGGGUAACGGCAGGCCACGUCGUCGUUUAGCACAAGGGAAAGCACUGUAGUUUUAUGCGCCCAACUGUGCAAGCAUUCUCGUGCAACAUACUGUAGUAUGUACAGUACGUUCAAUUUGUGUUCAUUUUUUUUUUUGCUUGGUUAUUGAUAGAUAUGUGACCUGCUGUGCUGUUUGUUUUGGCAAUUAAUUUGCCAUUACAUCGACCGUAGAA